UUCAAAAACGUUAGACUAAGUUAGAAUAAUCAAGGCAGCUACUCGUGCAAGAGAAGGAACAACACUCACAGUGUUUUUUGCGGCCAUUAUGAUUUUGCUCAAGUUUAUAUGCGCGAUUAUUACUAGAUUUCUCUUCAUUCUUGUCGCUCUUAUCGGAGUUGUGAGAGUGAUAUGGGUCAAAAAGAAUGUUUUAUACUGGCUUCUCACCCUCCUAUUCCUACCCCUUCUAGUGGAAAUGAUUGUCACGUUAAAAAGAAGGAAGGGCAAAGACUACAAGUGGUUUUCUCCAACCAUCUUGCUCUUCCUCAUCAGCAUCAUUCCAUCCAUAUGGAUCUUGGAGCUGCAUCAUCUGCAGAACAAGUCAAAUGAUCCUCACUGUAAGAAGCUGGAUUCAUUGGAAAAUUUGAAAAGCAUGAUUGUGAAUAAUACCAGAAGGAAUGACACAUUCAAGGGUUUGGAUGACCUGCUUUCUACUGUGUGCAGCAAUGACUGGAUCCUGGCUCUCCACCAGAUCCUACUCAUCUUGCUGAUCGUGGGGAAGUGGCUGCUGCCUAUUGGAGGUGGAGUCACGAAGGAUGAGCUCUCACAGCUCCUACUCAUCUUUGUUGGCACUUCUGCAGACAUACUGGAGUUCACCAGUGAGACGCUCUCGGAUGUCAAAAGGGAAAACCAUCAGAUAGUGUAUGUAAUUCUUGCUGUGUGGACUUGGAGUAUGUUACAGUUCCCUCUUCAUUUUGCAGUGGUAAACUCUAGAUCGGAGGACUCUUGCGAAGGUCAGAGUGGUUCCCUCCUGAAAAGGCACAGCACUGACAUCUGGGGUAUUGUAGAGAGCCUCUUCAUCCAGGAUGGGCCAUUCCUCCUUGUCCGACUGAUAGUCAUGACCUGUCAUGGGAUCUUCCACCAAAUGUUGGUGUUCUUCACCAUCAAGAACUUUCUGGUUGUUAUCUUGAGCUUCUACCGCUUAUAUGUUAUAUGCCUGGACUCCAGGUCAAACACAUUUGGUCCCUGAUGGUGGGGAAGUAAUAAGGGAAAAGGUGAAUUCUAGUACAGUCACGAGACAGUGACAUAUGUGGUCCUAAGGUGAACAGGAAUUUCAAGUAAUUCACAAGAGACCUGUCCUUACCAUUCCAGCAAACAUUAAAAGCCCUCUGUGAGGACUGUGUGAUGGGAAAUUAGUCAUAUAAAAUCCAGUUUUUUGCAAUCACUGUUCAUAUUUCCAGUAAUAAUGACUCAAUUCAUGUCUCCCACUGUUGGCUUUCCAGCAGUACUUGUGAUAAAACAACCAUAUUCAGGCAGCCUGUGCAUAACAAGUAUAAUUUGUUGCUGAAGAUCUGCUUAUAAAGUGAAUUAUGUUAAAAAGAACUCUUCAUUAAAUUAAUUUAAUGGGAAAUGAGAUACUGCGUUCCUGAGCCACAACAGGUUCACCCACUUUUUUACCAAGCACGCAAAAUUCUUGCAUUUUAAAUGUAGAAAAAAAUCUCAAUCGAAACCGGGUCUACUGUCUUUGGACACUUUAAAUCUCAUCUGUUGAAAUUGCUUACACACUCAUUUGCUUUUCUCUACCCAUUAACCCCAUUUCCUUUGUCAUUUAUUUAACUAUUAAUUUCUUUUUUAUUUUGGUGCAACAUGGUGCAACAGGUGCCUCACAAUUCACAGGCUGUGUGGAAUUUACGUUCCUAGAUUUGUACAUUCUGUGGAAUUUACGUGUUUCUUGUGGGUGCUUCUCAAACUGUUUAAAAUGUU